UUGCUUCUGCGCGGUCAUCUUUCCCACUGAACAUGAAGAAGCUGAAAACUAUCGUUACGCUGCGUUUGGCUCUUUAUGGCUGCAAGAAUAGGCCUUUCUUUCAUAUUGUGGCAACGAACAGGAAACGACCCCGAAACUAUGGAGCUCUUGAGCAGGUGGGAACGUAUGAUCCUUUGCCAAACACUCUGAAUGAAAAGCUAGUGAGCUUAAACAUGGACAGAAUAAGGUACUGGCUAUCAGUUGGAGCAAGACCCUCUCGACCAGUGGCCAUUUUAUUAGGCCUGGCUGGAAUUCUUCCACCUCAUCCUCGCAGCCUGGUUACAGCAGCAAGGAACCGUGAAGCUCUUUCGGUUGGAGCCCUAACCUUAGAUGCUUUGGAUGAGGCAGAAAAGGAUGAAGAAGCUGAAGAUAGUGAAAAAGAAACUGAUAGUUAAACUAGUAUCAGAAAGAAUAGUAUAAAAGACAGAUUCCUUAAAAAAAACUUUCCAAGUGCUGUCAAGUUUUCGUAAAGUGAUGUCAAGAGUUGCUUCACCACACAAAAGGCUGAAGAGAAUCUUUUUUUCUGGUCAUGGUAUUGUGAUGGGUGGAAGCAAGAAUUAGCAUAAAAAAGCUACACUUCCCACAGUAGCUAUCUUUAUUUCAUCAACCUAACUACUGAAUGAUGCACAGAAUUUUUUUUCCAGUUACAACUGGGGAUCAUGGAGUCAGACUCAACAUAUCAGCAAGCUACAAUGGGACAGUCAAAGGUGUUACAGUUAUUGGUUUUUAACUCUGUAACUUAAUAGCAUUCUCUUUUUACAACUUGGAAGAAGUUAUUUCACCCUAAGUGUGUAUGUGGACAAAUAAAGGACUUCAAAAUACAAAUAUUUGUUUAAAUCAGUUCCUUAUCCUGUUUAUGCACAGAAUUAACAAACAGAAAUUAAAGUUCAAUUAAGUUUA